UUAUACCAGGCGGUUAAUUUGAGGGAAAUCGGAAGCCCUCCCCGACACUCCCCUUUUGCAGGUAUUCGGAGCAUGGACCGGAUCUCGAAGACAUCGGGUCUACACCCUAACAGAACCCAACGGCGCCGGCUCAGCUCCACAGCAGCUUGAGGUAGUUCACUACUUCGCAGUCCUCGAGCUCUUACUCCCAUCGCCUCUUCUCGUCUCGGGUCUGUACGGCGGAGUUCCAUCUCUGAGCUGCGGGGAUGCUCCUUUCGGUUUCUCUGCUCUAGUGGGCUGAAGCUAUUGUAGUCGAGAGAUUCACGCAACAUGGCUCGGAUAAAACCCCAGACUCUAUUGCUUCAGAGUAAAAAGAAGAAAGGACCGAAUCGUAUCAGUAUUGCUACGAUAAUCUUGUACGCACUGAUCAUUGGGCUUAUAUCAUUGUCCAUGGUUGCCACGUUUAGGCACUGGUCACGAAGGUCUAUGGAGCAAACAGGUGUUGGCUUAAAGAACUCUGAGCCUGAGGUUCAUGAAUCAGAUGUCCAUGAUGAAUUAUCACGGCAAUAUGAUCUUCCUGGAUAUGCUAUCUUAAGUACAUCAAAGGGUGAUAUAAAAGUAGAGCUUUCUAAAGAUGUUGCACCGGGUAUUGUGGACAAAUUCUUAGACCUGUGUCAAAAGGGGGAAUUCAAAGGGAUACCUUUUCAACAUGUGAUAAAAACUACUUGCUUCGCACUCAACUUGUGCCGAGGCGCAAGCAUGACGCAUUCAUGCUGGGAACUUCCAAGAAAGGGUUAGAUGACAAGAGUUUCGAUCUCAUCAUCACCACUGCCUCUAUCCCUGACUUUGAUGAUAAGCUUAUCAUGUUUGGACGCGUCAUCGGUGGAGAAAAUGUAGUAAAGAAAAUCGAAGGCUUGGAAACAGAUGAGCAAUACCACCCCAAAUCUCCCAUAUCAAUCGUAAACGUGACUCUCAAACAGGAAAUAUGAGUUGGGACAUCCUCGCAGCUGGUGAGCAGGAUUAUACCAAAACCAAGAGCAUCCCCUGAAGGUGCUGAGCAAGCUCUUUGUUGCUCGGGGUGUUAUGCAAGGGGUCAGUCGACCUUUGUGCAUUUGUAUUGCUCUGCAUUGAUGGGGGUCUUGCAGAACAAAUAGGGGAUGGCAUUGUCUCUGGUUGAGAUUUACAUAUGUGGAGACGGUAGGAUUAGUGAAUUCAGCUUUGUGCUUCACCUCUCCUUGUACAAAUUCAUGGUUUUUUACAUUUCUGUUGUCCUUUUCUCCCCUUGUUCUUAUAUCCUGUAAUUGGUUAUCUGUUAUCUGAUUCUGUUUUCCAUGGAGCAGUAUUUCCCCAUGGAACUUAUGCGCGCUUUGAACUUUGUUA